GUCAAGUGCGCGACGCCUUGCGCGCCGAGCGAUGCUCCAUACAGCAUGCUUCGUCCUCAACCAACCCAUUUAAACCCCUCGUCGCCUAGGCUGGCUUCUCCCUCCUCAUAACCAUCACAGUCGUGCCCACGAUGCGCGUCUCAGUACUUCUUUGCUUCUCUUUUGCCUUUGGCGUAGCUGCGCUUGCGCUGACAGCCGGGGUUGCCGCCGUUCCAACGAGCCUAGCUGCGCAGCAUGUCAGCGACUCCCCUCCUCGCUUCCCAGGCGAGCUCGACAUUCAAGAUUCUGCGUUGAAAAGGAGGAUAGAGGAUUUUUCAAAUUGUGUGUCUCGUCCUCCCGUCAAAGAAGCGAAGACUCUUGACCUUAUGCGCAAGGUCCACAAACUUCACAAACAGAUCGAGCACUUGUCCGUCAUCACCAGCACUAGCCAUCAUCCAAGCACCAACACGACCCAGCAUCCAAGCACCAUCACGAGCCAAGACCGCACGCUGAUCCGCUCGAAGCGUGUGCUAGACCUGCGUAAGGAGGAGCUAUUCCGCAUGCUCGGGGGAGACGACAUCAUCGCACUCAGAGAUAGUCUUGCACACGACAAAACCGAACAGGAAGGGAGUGACAAGUGCUACAAGGCCCUGAAGGUAGUGUCCGAUCAUCUCGAGGCACCCUUGCUCAACAAAGUGAAACGCGCUUGCUUAGGACGCCUAAAUGGCCCCGAAGAGCGGAGGAUGAAGGCUAUGGUCAACCGGUACUGGUGUCUAUUGAUGUGGGCAGGAGCAGACUUAGACACAGACUCGGACUCUUUUAUGCAAUGA